AUGGCUUGCGCGCAGACUGGAUCGGGGAAAACGGCCGCCUUCUGCUUCCCCAUCAUCAGCGGCAUCAUGCGGGGCCCGCCCGUGCAGCGGUCCCAGCGGGGCGGGAGUAGGACCGCCUGCCCUCUUGCCCUCAUCCUGUCGCCCACAAGAGAGCUGUCAAUGCAGAUUCACGAAGAGGCCAGAAAAUUUUCAUAUCAGACUGGUGUCAGGGUAGUGGUUGCAUAUGGCGGGGCCCCUAUUACCCAGCAGUUAAUUUUGCUGCAAUGCAAAGGUGAUUCCCAUAAACUGAUAAAAUUGUUAGUGGCCCUGGAUCUUGUGAUUCAUGCACCACAAAGUCUUCUCAAAGUAGACGUUGAAGAAUUGGACUUGUCAAUCUGGUUGAGAGAUCUUGAGAGGGGUGUUGACAUUCUUGUGGCUACUCCUGGUCGUUUGGUUGAUUUACUGGAAAGGGCAAGAGUAUCCUUACAGUCAAUUAGAUACCUUGCCCUUGAUGAGGCGGAUAGAAUGCUGGAUAUGGGGUUUGAGCCGCAAGUUAGGAGAAUUGUUGAGCAAAUGGACAUGCCUCCACGAGGUGUAAGGCAGACGUUAUUGUUCAGCGCUACAUUCCCGGGAGAAAUACAGAGAAUGGCAUCUGACUUUCUGGAGAACUACAUAUUCCUGGCUGUUGGAAGGGUCGGAUCAAGUACUGAGUUGAUUGCCCAGAGAGUUGAGUUUGUACAGGAGGCAGAUAAAAGAAGUCACUUGAUGGAUCUGCUCCAUGCGCAAAGAGACAGUUCAGAACAAGGGAAGCAAGCUCUCACACUUGUCUUUGUGGAGACCAAAAGGGGUGCCGACUCACUGGAGAACUGGUUGUGUACGAAUGGAUUUCCAGCGACUUCUAUUCAUGGUGAUAGAAACCAGCAGGAAAGAGAAUAUGCUUUGAGAUCCUUCAAGAGUGGUCAAACUCCAAUUCUAGUUGCAACUGAUGUGGCAGCCCGGGGCCUCGACAUUCCUCAUGUUGCUCAUGUUGUGAACUUUGAUCUCCCCAAUGAUAUUGAUGACUACGUACACAGGAUUGGUCGUACAGGGAGGGCAGGAAAAAGUGGAAUUGCGACUGCUUUCUUCAAUGACAACAACUCUUCGAUGGCAAAGUCUCUAGCUGACCUAAUGCAAGAAUCUAAUCAGGAGGUACCUGCGUGGCUAACUCGCUAUGCAGCUCGCCCAUCCUAUGGUGGUGGUGGUGGAAGGAACAGACGUGGUGCUGGAGGUGGGAGCCGCUUUGGUGGCCGUGACUUCCGUAGGGAAUCUUCUUCCUUUGACAAGGGUGGUGGCGCCAGUGACUAUGCUGGAGGCAGCAGCUACGGGGGCGGUGGCUAUGGUGGUGCUGGAGCUCCCAGUGCAUGGGAUUAA